UUUAAUCUCAUGUCAAGCUAGUGGUUCUCUAAUUGAAAAGAAGAAAAACAUUCUCUUUGUUGUUGUGGAUGAUUUAGGUUGGAAUGAUGUGGGAUGGAAUAAUCCGGCGAUGCCAACUCCCAAUUUAAACUGGUUAGCAAAAAAUGGUAUAAUACUGAAUCAGUCAUAUGCCUUGCCUAUAUGCACACCAUCCAGGGCGGCUUUCUUGACGGGAUAUCAUCCUGUUAAACUUGGAUUGCAAUCGAAUGUUAUAAAAUCACUUCAACCCAAUGCGAUCAGCCUAAGACGUACAUUGCUUCCAAUGAUAUUAAAGAAAAAUGGAUAUUCGACCCAUAUGCUUGGAAAAUGGCAUUUAGGGUAUUGCAAUAAAGAUUUUGUUCCAAAUUCUAGAGGGUUCGAUACCUUUUUCGGAUAUUACUCGGGAGGUCAGGAUCAUAUCAACCAUAAAGCUGGGGGUGUACUAGAUAAUGGAACUAAAUUCACAGGAUAUGAUUUUCACGAGAAUUACGAACCCUACCGUAAGGCCAUUGGAGUUUAUUCAUCAGAUCUUUACACCAAUAGAACGAUAGACUUAAUAGAGAAGCAUGAUAACGUGAAGCCUUUUUUCAUAUAUCUAUCUUACCAAAAUGUUCACAGUCCUUUAAAGAUUCCAAAGGAACGUAUUGUGCCUAGAUGUCAACAUAUUAAAGAUAAAAAAAGACAAAUAUACUGCAGUAUGGUAGCACAUGUUGAUAGCUCGAUGGGAGAAAUCGUGGGUGUAUUAAAAAAGAAAAAACUUUAUCGGGACACUCUGAUAGUUUUUACAUCUGAUAAUGGUGGUCAAGUGUUGCAAGGUGCUAGUAACUAUCCGCUAAGAGGUAGCAAAGGUACAUUAUGGGAAGGCGGAAUACGAGUUGCUAGUUUUAUUCAUGCCGGAUUUCUAAAAUUGAAAAAGGGAUACGUUAGCAAUAAAUUAAUUCACGCUGUUGACUGGUACCCUACCUUUGUCGAAUUAGCUGGGGGUUCCAAAGUAACUCCAGGAAAAAAAUUAUCGAAAAGCGAUGGCAUAUCUCAGUGGAAAAGUAUAAUUGAUAAAAAUGUCCCGGCACCCAGAAAUCAUUUUUUGAUCAAUAUGGUGUUGCAAAAUAAAUAUUUCGUCGGUAUAAGAUAUGGAAAUUUUAAACUCUUAUUGGGUAAUCCUGGAGAUAUGGAUGAUUGGUAUGAUAUACCCAACACAUUGCAUAUUCGUAGUAUAACAAAUUCUCCAAAUGAAUCUGGAGGACCUAUCUCACAUACGAUCAAAAAAAAUAAUUGCAAAUAUAAAAUGGGAAACCCAGAGUUAGAUAAAUGUAGGAAAGAAAUGAUAACAAAUAGCACGAAUAUUUGGUAUUUCAACAUCAAAGAUAGGCUAAAAUUUAUAGAGGCUGUCGAAAAGACUUUAGAUACAAUUAGUUGGGCUACACAUAACUAUUUUACUAGAUGGUUAUGGCUAGCAUCCUCUAUCCGAGACAAUGGAGCUUAUUGCAAGAUAUGUAUCUUGUUUGACCCAAGAUAUGCUGGAAGAAAUUUAGUUAUGCUUAACAGUCUUGUUAAGACUCCAUUCAACAAGUACAAAGAUGCUGGAGAAAUCUUUAACAAUCAUCAAAAAACAAAUCACAAAAGCUGUGAACUGAUGAUUUCUUCAAAUUAA